AUGGGACGGGCGGUUGGCCCUCUGGACAAGCGGCGGCGGGUGACGCGCUGUCAGCCCUGUGCCCAGCGACGCAUCAAGUGCCAGGGCGGUCCCCCCUGCGACUACUGCGUCCGGACCAGCAAGACAUGCCGCCCCCAGUCCCCUCGCGCGGCCCCCAACGUCACCGCCAUCAUCGUGGCCUGCCACCCGCCUCCACCAAGCAGGAAUCGCAGUCCCCCGACGCCCGAUGACGCCCUGUUCCUCGACUGCUUUGCGUCAUUCCUGCAGCGCCGCUGCCACCUCACCCAGGCGUUUGUGGCCGCCGUCGCGACCGACCUCGCGCGCCUGGUGCACGAGUCGGCGCCCGUCGGCGACCUGGCCGUCGCCAUCGGCGCGCUCGACGCGAGCCGUCAUGGGGCGGUGAUGGCCUCGCGGGGAGGGCGAGAUGCUCGAUGCGCGGCUUUUCGUGCCUACGGUAGGGCGAUGCGCGGGCUGCAGGCCCGUUUGAGCGACCCUGAUGCCGUCACGGGCGAUGAUGUCGUCUGGGGCACGUUUCUGCUCGGCCUGUUUGAGUUGAUGGCAGAGGCGUCUGGCGACGGAUGGGCGACGCACAUGUUUUACGGCACGGCGCGCGUGCUGCAGCUUGCCGGGCCCGCGCGGGUAUCGCUGCAGCAGCGCCGGGGCUUGUUUGGUGCCUUUCGCGUCCUGGAGGCGACCCGGGUCAUCAUGUACGGCGAAGAGACGUUUCUCGCUGGCGAGGCGUGGCGAGGCGUGACAGGCGUGGAUGAUGCAGAGGCCGACUGUGCCGCGAACCCGAUGGCCGAAGUGCUCGAUCUCAUGAUCCGCGCGUCGUCCUUUAGCAAGCGCUUCUUUAAGCAAAUCGAAAGCAUCCCGCCCGGCGAACGACCCUGCAGCCCAGUCAUUGACGACCUUGCGCGGGAGGGACUUACGCUCUUCCGCACCAUCCACGCAUGGGACGCAGCGACCCCGGCGCAAAACCCGUUUGCUGACCUAGCCCGCGCCAACCACCUCGCGCUGGAGCUCUUCUUCUGCAAGAACUUUACCUACUACGAUUGCUGGCUCGGACGGCAAGUGCCGCGGCUGGAGGCGGGCGAGACAGACGCCCACGUGGAGGCUGUGCUGCGCGCCUGCGAGGCCGUGCAGCGGUCCAAUAUUCCGGGGGCGCUGCUCCUGUUCCCGCUGCGGAUGGCGGGAGCAAACACUGCGGAUGCGGACGCGGAUCGAAAGGAGCGCAUCCUUAAGCUACUUGGGAGAGUUCACGCGCAGGGGUUCGUGGUGGCUGAUAGGAUCACGGUUGACUUGCACGACUUUUGGCAGCAUGAGAAGCAGCUGGCGCAGGCUCGAUGA